UCUCUUUUUGUUGAUCUCCACUGCUUGCCUUCAUACUAAUUCCAAACAAAUUCCAUCUACAGAUCAAUGGCAUCUUCAUCCUCCUCCUUUCACUCAGUUCCUGCCUCUAUUUCUCAAUCAUGGAAUUAUGACGUAUUUUUGAGUUUUAGAGGCGAAGACACCCGCAAGAGCUUUGUGGAUCAUCUCUACUUGGCUCUGGUACAGCAAGGGAUCCAGGCGUACAAGGAUGACGAAACACUUCCUCGGGGUGAGUCAAUCAGUCCAGCCCUCUUGAAGGCAAUCCAAGACUCACGGAUCGCCGUUGUUGUAUUCUCCAAAAACUAUGCGGAUUCAUCUUGGUGCUUGGAUGAGCUUGCACAUAUUAUGGAGUGCAUGGACACGACAGGGCAAAUCGUGAUGCCCAUAUUUUAUCACGUAGAUCCCUCUGAUGUGAGAAAACAAAAUGGGAAAUAUGGAAAAGCAUUUAGAAAACAUAAGAGGGAAAAUAAGCACAAAGUUGAAUCAUGGAGAAAAGCUCUGGAAAAGGCAGGCAACCUAUCUGGAUGGGUCAUCGAUGAAAACAUGUAAUGUUCUCUCCUUUUUUU